AUGGAUCGAUACGGUAUACCAUAUAGAACCUCAAACAAACGCUUAUUUAGCGCGGAUCGAGGCAUUUGCAGACAAUUCAUAAGUGGUGCAUGCAGAUAUGGUCCAAGCUGUCACUAUUUGCAUCAGUGGCCUUCAGCGCCAUCAACACAACUGUGCAGGUAUUUCCAGAAAGGAGCCUGCUGGUUUGGUGAGCGAUGCAGGUAUCUACAUAUUCCUCCUAUGGAUGGCGGGGCUUCAGGGAGCAGAAGAGCUUCCGAUCCUGCUGUCCAUCACUCUGCUUUGGGCGGUCAAGUUCUGCCUGAUCGCCGUGGCUCUGAGCCUUCCCUCAUUCAGUUCCAGGGAGCUUACGGGUUUGGUCGGCGGGCGUCGGAGCCACUCGUGAUGAGCGUGGCCAACCUACAGCAGAACUUUGAACGUCUCACUACAGGCAUAGUAGAGGAGGAAGAGCCCGAUAUGGCUGAGGGACCAUCUAUAAUCCAGCAUCAGGGUCAUUUGUUGCACCGGCAACACAAUUUAAUUGGUGCCCAUCAAACUGCGACCCAAAACUCCAUUAUGGCCAACGCUGCCCUGGUCUCUAGCACUCAGCUGACUCAAGAAAGGACAGUAACUGAAAUGGACAAACAAGAUACAUCUCAACAAGAUGGUGCAGAUCAGAGUGGUGCUGCUGCCCCCGCAGACAGGGGGCGCUCUGCGGCUUACAACCUCAGUAAAGAUGUUUUGUGUGGCAUCUGUAUGGAUAAGGUUUAUGAGAAAUCUCGUGCGCAGGAGCGCCGCUUCGGUAUCCUGCCAAACUGCAGUCAUGCCUUCUGUCUUGGAUGCAUCGUCACGUGGCGUAAAACCAAAGACUUCCAGGAAGACGUCAUCAAGGCUUGUCCGCAGUGCAGAGUGAAGUCAGCUUUUUACAUCCCAAGUGAUUACUGGGUUAGUGAAGGUGAACCAAAGGAAGCACUGAUUGCCUCAUUCAAGGAGAAAAGCAGUAAAAGACGAUGCAGUUUUUUCAUUCGUAAUGGAUGCUGCCCUUUUAGGUCAGAAUGUAUUUAUAGUCACGAUUUACCACCUGGCUACAGACCUCGUUCCAGACGAGCAGGUCCACGGAGUUCUACAAUGAUGCUUGAGGAUUUGGAUAGCUUCCAGCUUUUGAACUACGUAAUUGCUUUGACGCUGUUAGAUGAUGACGAUUUCCUGGACUCCAGCGACAUGAGUGACGAAGAUUUCCUGGACAGUAUUCCUGGAGUUUCUGCUUCAUUCUGAUGAUAAAUGAUUCUGUCUUUUCUGAACCAUGCCUCCAUGUCUUCUGUAUCGGUAAGACACUUUAGGGUGUCGGACCUGAGGCCUGACUGAUUUAAAGGAGUCUGGUUUAUGUGACGGAAACUCUGGAGCACCUACACAAUGGUGCUAAUGCACAUUACCAUUGCAAUCAUCACUUGGGUUAGCUGCUAGUGGCACGUGUGAAGUUCAGCCAUGACUAGCUCAUAGCUUCGACUUCCGCACCAAAACUUAAAACUGUUCUUGCAUACUCCUUUGUUUGAGAUGGCUAUUAUCUAGCCUUCACAUUUGGUUAAUUACUUAGCCAUUUAUAGAAAUGGGAUGUUCAAGUGAAGGGAAGAGAAAAAAAUCUUUAACUUUUGUGCAAUGCUAAAAUAAGAAGCCUUUGAGUCUGGGAAGAGAGGGGGACCAGGCAGAAGUUGUUUUGCUGUCAUACAAGUUAAACUGCCACUUUUUGCUUGAUUCAAAAGCUGUUUGUCUGUUAGAUAUUUUUGACCAUUCAUGUUUCCACAUAGGUUUGUCUUUCAUCUCUGCACCUUUUGUAUGUAUCUACAUUUUUAAUGAACUUUGUCUAAUUUUAUGUAUGUCUUGACUGCCAUUUACUGACUUGGCUAUGACAUACUUGUAAAACAUAUCAC